AUGCAUGCUUUCUGUUUCCUCUCUCGUUUUCCGAAGGUGCUCCACUGCGCCGUGGUUUCGGCCCCGACUUCCGAGGGAAGCCGCAUUUCGUGGGACCUUCGCGAGACGUUGGGUCGAAUGCCGUAUGCCAUGGGUGUGCCCUUCGUGGAGGAAGUGAGGGCCACUUCUGAUGAGGGCACCGAGAUCCAGCUGAUGGUCACCUUCUUCCCGGGCGGGCACACCUCAGCUCCAAGGGAUCAUGUGUCCCUGUGGGUGUCGCCACUGAGAGGCUUGGAGGACCGCCGCUAUGCUUGCGUUGUGGACGGCAGCCCGGAGCAGCGCGGUUCCGGCGAGUCCAUCUUGCACUUCCCGCGCGUGGAGGGAUUCUUCCACAAGCGGAGCGAAGGCAGAGAGUGGCACGUUGUCCGGCGCCUCGCAACCGAAGCAUCGAUUGUGACCCUUGCUAGCCAGGGCUGGGGUCGCCGGACAGACAUGAGAUCGACUGCCGCCGUUCGUUUGGCUGCAGUUGCUGGUGGCAGUCCGCACUCCGUUAUCAGCGCCAUGUCAAAGACGAAAGAUGCUUGGCUUAGCAAGCGGCACGUGGGUGAGCUGUACAGUUGGGCCGAAUCGCCGCAUGGCAGUCGGCUGCUGGACGGAAGCCGGCAGGGCACCCAUUUGGGCGCGAUAGGGGUGUCUGAACCUGCCAGACAAAUCUAUUGCGUUUUGGGGAUGUGCCUUUCGAAGGGCAUGGAUCUGCAACUUUAUUCAACGCCCACUUUGCAGGUCAUCUUCAAGAAGGCUGCAGUCCUGUGGGUGAAGGAUCCAUAG